CAGCAACCGAGAUCAGGAAGAUCGUCUCAAGGCUCCACAAACAACAUCUGAACUAUGUGAUACAUCUGCCUUGAUAUAGAGCUAUGCGUUCCUAGGUACCUCAAGAGCUGAAGGGCUGCGGCGGCGUUGUCGGCAAGAGCAUGCCGGGCGUUUCGGUUAGAUCCGAGAUCUAGAUCUGCCUGUCGAAGCUGUCGCGAGGGUGUCGCAUUUCUCAAAAAACCAUACCACCUCGACGUCACCACUCUGAAAUCAACCCUACUCGUGGCAGAUCUCAAUCAUGUCAGGAGGAGAUAGCCACAGUCGCGGUCAAAAGCGCAAGCUUGACCAGCAAGAAGGUAGGGAACUGCUCGGCAUGGGCGCCACAUUAUCGCGUCUCAAUGGCGACAGCGACCUCGACUCGAAAGCCGCCUCGCCUGCCGCGACACAAGAUGCCAACGACGAUGGUGGCGAAUGGACUACUGUUGAUCGUAGUUCCAAGCGCCAUAAGAAGAGCAUCCACCAAAACUAUCCUCAGAUCACACAUGCGCCAAAUGCACGCCUCCAAUCAUUCGUCAAGAUCCAGGACCUUCAGAACCUGGUCUUGUACCUGCUGUCUGAUGGCAGCGGCCCUCAAUGGAUCAGCGUUCGCCACAAGAAGGACAUUGAGCGCGUGGUAUGCUUGAUGGCCCCAGGACUGGAAGCCGACAUGUUCAAUGCCAACAUCAACCUCGAUCCCGGUCAAGAAAGCACCGCAAAGCCCGUCGAGCAAAAGACAGAAUCCCUGUCCGAAUCAAACUCUCCUCCCUCGAAGAAGCUGAAAAUUGCCAUAUCUCCCGAUGACUACUACCCCGUUAAGCUCGUAUCGCCCAAGCUGCCCGCACCGCUACAACCCUUCGCAGAGAUGUUCCCUCACAUUUGGCCAGUCAAAACGCCAGGAGAGUUCAAUCGCAUGCACUCGCCCCUAGCGGCUUUGUUGACGUCGCCUCUGCCCAAAGCAAAGGACGAGAAAAAGAUCAAGGGCCCCAAGCCUCCAAGAGAAGGCCCCAGAUGGCAAAACCAGAGAACUCCCAUCACAGAGUUUUUGGCUACAAGAGAAGACUUGUCGGACAAUGGUUACGCCAUCCAUCCUGCGUACUUGCGCACGGAUGUCGAGCGUGAGGCCGAGAAGGCGAGACGUCACAAGUACUGUCAGUCAGAAGAGGACGGCUGGAUUGAUUUGCCUGCCAUUUCAUCACUCGACGAGGGCAUUGUGCCAUCCGAGGAAAUUGAGCAGGGUAGCAUUCUACAGGGUCGCAACGUUCUGACAGUCGAUUGCGAAAUGAUCACCACAUCAGAAGAGAGAUUUGCUCUCGCUCGCGUGUCAUUUAUUGACUGGGAUGGCAAUGUUGUCCUCGACGAGCUUGUCAAGCCUCCAGGCACCGUGACAGACUACCUGACUCAAUACUCUGGUAUUACCAAGGAAAUGAUGGAGGGUGUCACACAGACUCUCGCCGAGCUACAGGAAAAGCUAAAAUCUGUCCUCACACCUCGCACAAUCCUCCUAGGUCACUCCCUGGACUCCGAUCUUCGCGCCCUUCGCAUGUCUUUCCCCUUCAUUGUCGACACCACUCUUAUCUACCCUCACCCCAAGGGACCUCCUCAAAAGUCUUCUCUCAAAUGGCUCACUCAGAAGUACCUAUCCCGCGAGAUUCAGAACCGCGGGCCUCAAGGCCACGACAGUGUUGAAGACGCAAAAGCCUGUCUUGAUCUUGUUAAGCAAAAGUGCGAGAAGGGCAAAAUGUGGGGAACCUCAGAAGCAACCAGUGAAAGCAUUUUCAAGCGUCUCAGCCGUGCUGGUCAAGAAGAAGAUAAAGACGAAGGCGGUAUGCUGGAGGAGCCCGAACAAGAGAAGACUGGCCGCACCGGUGCUGUCGUCGACUGGGGAGACCCGAAGCGCGGUUUCGGCGCUGCAGCUACCUGCACAGUGUCCUGCGAGAGCGACGCCGAUGUAGUUGCAGGUGUCCAACGCGUACUCUCCGGCCCCGAGUCCACCGAGGAAGCAGACGCACCAGGCCAACACAUCCCCACCAACGGCGUCGACUUCGUAUGGGCACGCCUCCGCGAACUCGAAGCCCUCCGCGGCUGGUGGACACGCACAACAUCCACAGACGCCGCCGCCCGCCUCGCCAACACACUAGCCGAAAACAACGUUUCUACGGACGGUCUCUCCACUCAAGCACUAGCCGACGCCGUUACCCGCACCACAGCAUCUGUAAAGGCCAUCUAUGACUCUCUACCCCCGAAAACAGCGUUUAUCGUUUACUCCGGCGGCGGCGAUCCCACGGACAUGCGUAGAUUGCAAUCUAUGCAACAACAGUAUAAACGCGAUUUUCAGACUAUGAAGUGGGAUGAAUUGACUGUCAAGUGGACGGAUGUCGAGGAGCAGGAGUUGAAAAAGGCGGCGUUGAAGGCAAGAAGUGGUGUUGGAUUUGUGGUUGUCAAAUAAACAAGGUUUUUGCAUGGGUGUGAUGAGGAAAGAGCUGGACUAAAGCCAUGAAUGAGCUGCAUGUGACAGAUCAUCUCGAUGCAACUGCUUUGAGAUUUGAUAGAUGAUGAUCACGUCUCUGAGCUUUUCGAUUUACAAGGUUGUCUGUAAAAUGAGGCUGUUACGACUUCUGUUGUCAACAUUUGGCCUGAGCUUCUCAUCGAAAAUCCUCAUUGUGUCUAUUAUACGCGAUCAAGGUAGCAGUCGUUCCGUAUAACGAUGACCUCAAGUCGCUACUCAAGAGAUGGAGAGUUGUCGCUCGGCCCUGAUACAAAACCAAACCGAAAAAUCUAUGACAUCAUAGUUGCUGUAGCAUGUCACCCUGUCUUGCUUGAAUAAUGUCUCGGUCUAGCACUGUGCUUCCACUGCCACGCUGCGUGUGCUACAGGGGUGCAU